CGGUGGAGAGGGACGCACCGCGCGGCCGAACCCUACAAAACCCGCCAGCUUCUCAGCCGGGGCUCCCCAGCCCGCGGCGCGCAGGGGACGCGGUGGCCCGAAGGCCUGCGGGUCCCCGGGCCCGCCAGGACCCUGAGCCGGCGCCCACUAUGCGCCGCGCGCUCCUGCGGCCGCUCCUGCUGGUGCUCCUGGUGGCGGUUCCCGCGGCGGGCCAGGGCUGUGUCUGCAAAGAAAAAGGCCAGUGCUUUUGCCUUGGGGCAAAAGGAGAGACGGGGGAGAAGGGCUUUCUUGGACCUCCCGGUUCUCCUGGCCAGAAAGGAUUUCCAGGCCCCGAAGGCUUGCCUGGACCACGUGGACCCAAGGGCUCUCCAGGACUUCAAGGACUCACUGGUCCCAAAGGUAUAAGGGGAGUAACUGGAUUACCAGGAUUUUCAGGUCCUCCCGGACUUCCAGGCACCCCUGGCAGAACUGGACCUUAUGGACUUCCCGGUCUACCAGGAUGCAAUGGUUCAAAGGGUGAGCAAGGAUUUCCAGGACUUCUAGGUACACCGGGCUACCCAGGGGUCCCGGGUGCUGUUGGCUUGAAAGGAGAAAAGGGCAUUCCUGCUAAAGAAGAAGAUGUAGAAUUGGAUGGAAAAGGUGACCCUGGGUUGCCAGGAGCUCCAGGAUUCCAGGGUUUUCCAGGUCCUCCAGGUUUUCCAGGACCUGUUGGCCCCCCUGGUAUUCCAGGAUUCAUUGGUUUGCCAGGAGCCAUGGGGCCUCCAGGACCCAAGGGCCACAUGGGUGAAAACGUGAUAGGACCAAAAGGAGAGCGGGGUUUGAAAGGAAUAACGGGACCCCCCGGACUACCAGGGACAGUUAUUGUGACACUAACUGGCCCAGAUAACACAACGGAUCUCAAAGGGGAGAAGGGGGAAAAGGGAGAGAUGGGCAAAUCCGGACCUCCUGGACCCUCAGGACCACCUGGAGAAUCUUAUGGAUCUGAAAAGGGUGACCCUGGGGAAACUGGCUUGCAGGGAAAACCUGGAAAAGAUGGUGCCCCUGGCUUCCCUGGCACUCGGGGGGCUAAGGGUGACAGAGGCCUCCCUGGAUUAACAGGUGAAGAUGGCAUUAAGGGGUGGAAAGGAGAUCUUGGCCCUCCAGGAUUUCAUGGUCCAACAGAAUAUUAUGAUGCAUACCAGGAAAAAGGAGAUGAAGGAAGUCCAGGUCCACGGGGGCCCAAGGGAGCUCGUGGUCCACAGGGUCCCAGUGGCGCUCCUGGGGUUCCUGGAAGCCCUGGGUCAUCGAGGCCUGGUCUCAGAGGAACCCCUGGAGUGCCGGGCAUGAAAGGAAGCAAAGGAGAGCGAGGACCCCCAGGGAAGUACGCAGUGGGGCUGCCUGGGCCCCCGGGUUGUCCUGGGUCACCAGGCCCUGAAGGGUUGCCAGGACCUCCAGGGCCACCAGGUGACAUCAUUUUUCUGAAGGGCCCACCUGGAGAUGACGGAAUUCCAGGCCAUCCAGGUCCUCCAGGAAUCCCAGGAAGCGAUGGGCCCAAAGGAGAACCAGGCCUCCUUUGUACACAGUGCCCUUGCACCCCAGGGCUUCCAGGUCUCCCAGGACUGCCAGGGUUGGAUGGCAUUAAAGGAGUCCCAGGAGGACAAGGUGCAACGGGCAUUAAAGGAAUCCCAGGGUCCCCAGGAAAUGCGGGCCUUCCAGGAUUUCCAGGAUUCCCUGGUGCUCCGGGUGAUCCAGGACUCAAAGGAGAAAAAGGUGAAGCACCCCAGCCAGAAGGGCAAGUCGGUGACCCUGGAGAUCCUGGGAUCAGAGGACAUCCAGGAAAAAAAGGCAUCGAUGGAAUUCCUGGAACUCCAGGAGUUAAAGGGUUACCGGGACCUAAAGGGCAACUGGCCCUGAGUGGUGAAAAAGGGGACCAAGGUCUUCCGGGGGAUCCUGGCACCCCUGGGCCCCCAGGACCUGCAGGGCAGGCUGGACCACCCAACUAUGGACCCCAAGGAGAGCCUGGUCCAAAGGGCAAUCAAGGAGUUCCUGGAACCCCUGGAGCACCUGGAGAAGCCGGUCCAAAAGGAGAACUCAGUGUUUCAAUACCAGUUCCAGGUCCCCCAGGACCUCCAGGGCCCCCUGGCUACUCUGGCCCCCGAGGUCCUCCUGGUAUUCCGGGAUCCGCGGGAAAAUGUGGUGAUCCGGGUCUUCCCGGGCCUGAUGGUGAACCAGGAAUUCCAGGAACUGGACUUCCGGGGCCCCUUGGACCUAAGGGAGACAGAGGCUUUCCAGGGGCAAAAGGAUCACCGGGUUGUCCUGGAGAAAUGGGAAAGCCGGGGUUACCUGGACAGCCAGGCCCACCAGGAGCCAAGGGAGAACCAGGACUAGCCAUGCCUGGAGAACCAGGACUACCAGGUUUUCCAGGAGAAAGAGGCAAUUCUGGGGAAAAUGGAGAAAUUGGACUCCCUGGACUUCCAGGUCCCCCUGGAAUGCCAGGAAAUGGAGGGCUUGAUGGACCAGAAGGGGAUCCAGGACACCCUGGACCACCUGGAGAAAAAGGAGCCCCAGGAAGGUGCCUAGAAGGGCCCAGGGGGGCCCAAGGACUUCCAGGCUUAAAUGGAUUGAAAGGGCAACAAGGCAGGAGAGGUGAAACAGGACCAGAUGGAGACCCAGGCAUUCCAGGCUUGGAUAGGUCAGGAUUUCCUGGAGAACCUGGGCCACCGGGAAUGCCAGGUCAUCCAGGUGAGAUAGGACCUCCUGGUCAAAAAGGACAUCCAGGAAAUCCAGGAUUUUUAGGGCCACCAGGCCCAAGAGGAUUGGUUGGGGUGAUGGGGUUUCCUGGAAACUUCGGCCCUCCAGGGACUCCUGGGAGCCCUGGCACCCCAGGACAGAGGGGCAUCCCUGGAGUUCCAGGAGUAAAGGGUGAGAGAGGACUGCCAGGACUCAAAGGCGAACAAGGAGCUAAAGGCCCUCCUGGGCCUUCUCAAAUAUCCCAUUUAACGGGGGACAAAGGAGAACCUGGUUUCAAAGGAUUUGCAGGAAACCCGGGUCAGAAAGGGAACAGAGGUGUCCCAGGGUUACCAGGUUUCAAGGGCCUUGAAGGGCCACUUGGACCACCAGGACCCCCAGGCCCCAGAGGAGAUCCAGGCAGCAUUGGGAAUCCUGGAGGGCCAGGACCACAUGGCAUUCCAGGAAGCAUGGGGAACAUGGGAGUGCCAGGUUCCAAAGGAGAGAAGGGAGCAUUGGGACUCCCAGGUUCAGCUGGAAGACCUGGCCUCCAGGGGGUUCAUGGACUCCAAGGAGAUAAAGGAGACCCCGGUUAUCCAGAAGGUGCAAGGCUAGGACCACAGGGACCAAAGGGGGAUCCAGGAUUGCCAGGUGACGUGGGAGAGAAAGGACAAAGAGGGUCCCCUGGCCUGCCUGGAUAUGUGGGGCCUGCUGGACCGGAGGGAGACCCUGGGAGCCCCGGCAGCCCUGGCCACCCAGGAAAGCCGGGUCCUGAUGGCGAUUUGGGGUUUAAAGGAUUCAAAGGCUUCCUUGGCUCUCCAGGGGUGAAAGGCCGUCAAGGCCCUCCAGGAUUCCCAGGAUUUCCUGGACCAAUGGGUAUAAGAGGUAACCAAGGAAAUGAUGGAAUUCCUGGGCCACCUGGAGAAAAGGGAGAAACAGGUUUGCUAGGGGCACUUCCAGGCCCAAAAGGAAAUCCUGGUGCUCAAGGAGCCAAAGGAGACAGGGGAGCACCAGGCUUGCCCGGCCUGCCUGGCAGGAAAGGGACAGUGGGAGAUGUUGGGCCACAAGGACCCACUGGCAUAACAGGAUUCCCAGGGUCACCAGGUGUUCCUGGUGCAAUCAUCCCUGGCCAAAAGGGAAAUCGUGGACGACCAGGUUCAAGAGGAAAUCCAGGUGAGCCUGGUCCCCGCGGACCUCCAGGGACCGACAUAAUAGGCAUAAAAGGAGACAGAGGAGUUAUGGGCAAGCCUGGCCCAAGAGGUCCACCUGGAACUGAAGGAGACACAGGGCCACCAGGUCAUCAGGGAGCACCAGGCACCCCAGGUCUUCCAGGGCUCAGAGGUGAUCCUGGAUUCCAAGGAUUUCCGGGAGUGAAAGGAGAGAAAGGCAAUCCAGGAUUUCUGGGAUCCAUUGGGCCUCCAGGGCCAAUUGGCCCAAAAGGACUACCUGGUGUAGGAGGAGACCCUGGCACAAUUAAGAUCAUCUCCCUUCCCGGCAGCCCAGGGCCUCCUGGGCCACCUGGAGGACCAGGGAUGCAAGGAGAACCUGGGCCAAAAGGGCCACCGGGAGCCCCAGGACCCUGUGGGCCAAGAGGUAAACCAGGCAAGGAUGGAAAACCAGGGGCUCCUGGACCAACUGGAGAAAAAGGCAGCAAAGGUUCGAAAGGAGAGCAAGGACCCCCUGGAUCAGAUGGAUUGCCAGGUUUGAAGGGAAAACCUGGAGAUGCUGGACCACCUGUAGCUGACACAACGAGAGGCUUUAUCUUCACCCGACAUAGUCAAACGACAGUGAUUCCUUCGUGCCCGGAGGGGACUGAGCCACUCUACAGUGGGUUUUCUCUUCUUUUUGUACAAGGAAACGAACGUGCCCACGGACAAGACCUUGGAACUCUUGGCAGCUGCCUGCAGCGAUUUACCACAAUGCCAUUCUUAUUCUGUAACGUGAAUGAUGUAUGUAAUUUCGCAUCCCGAAACGAUUAUUCAUACUGGCUGUCAACACCAGCACUGAUGCCAAUGGACAUGGCUCCGAUUACUGGCAGAACCAUUGAGCCUUAUAUUAGCAGAUGCACUGUCUGUGAAGCUCCCGCUAUUGCCAUAGCCAUUCACAGCCAAACCACUGAGGUCCCCGCGUGUCCUCAGGGCUGGAUUUCUCUCUGGAAAGGAUUUUCUUUUAUCAUGUUCACAAGUGCAGGUUCCGAGGGCGCUGGGCAAGCACUGGCAUCCCCCGGCUCCUGCCUGGAAGAAUUCCGAGCCAGUCCAUUUAUAGAGUGUCAUGGAAGAGGAACAUGCAACUACUAUUCAAAUUCCUACAGUUUCUGGUUGGCUUCAUUAAACCCAGAAAGAAUGUUCAGGAAACCUAUUCCAUCAACUGUGAAAGCUGGGGAGUUAGAAAAGAUAAUCAGUCGCUGUCAGGUGUGCAUGAAGAGAAGACACUGAAGAAAUCACAGAAAAUAGAACUGUUCUUUUUAUCAUCCUAAAUAACCAAGUAAUGGCACAGAACAUGCAUUUAUUUAGGUGUUCUCCAGCCAAACAAUAUUGCUCUCUGAUGGUUUCGUACAGUGUUUCAGUUUGUUUCUCCAACCAAAGAAAAACUUUUCUUUUAAGUU